CCGUCGCGAGCUUGUGUCAGCCGGCGUGUGUGUUUAAAAUGCAGAAAGACAUUUUCAUAGAUUCUUUGGUGAGUGCUUUUCUAACAAACGUGCACGUAGGUCUCCAAAUCCCAGACGAGCAUCACGCGCAAAGUGCCACGGUAAAAGGAGACUACGCGUACUUCCACUACGGCUGCGAUGGGCUGGAUGACCGGGGCUGGGGAUGCGGUUACCGCACGGUGCAGUCCAUGGCGUCGUGGCUCUUCUACAACUGUUCCCUGACCAAGGGCAGGGGCCUGGUAGCGCCGAGCCUUCCCGACAUGCAGCGCGCUCUGGUCAGCAUGGAGGACAAGCCCGCACACUUCUCCGGCUCCCGGGAGUGGAUCGGGACGUUUGAGGCUUCACUCGUGCUUGAUUACUUCUAUGACGUGCCUUGUAAGAUCGUGCACGUACGGGGAGGAGGCGCAGACUUGGAGCAGGUGGCGGGGCAGCUCCGGGAGCACUUCGAACGCCACGGUAGCCCGGUGAUGAUGGGAGGUGGCGCGGAUAACUCGUCCAAAGGCGUGCUGGGGGCGUGCUCCGGAGCGCACGGGAAUCACCUGUUAAUAGCGGAUCCGCACUACUACGGAGCGCAGCUGGAGAGAGCGGAGCUGCAGCGGCGGGGCUGGGUGCGCUGGACAGAGCUCUCCUCCCUGGACCACAGCUCAUUCUAUAACCUGUGCAUGCCCCAGACCGGCUCUAUGCUCAAGACAUUCAAAUAGACAAAUACACUCUCCCGCGCGCCAUUUCUCCCACACAAAUCCCUCAGAUUCACAGGGGCAAGUCGGUAAUAGAGUGGUUAUGAGGUUCCUCUGGUUUUCACAGCACAACAUGCACAUUAACAACAGGCAUUUUGUACAUAAAUAAUGCACUUUAUCUUGUAUUUUAAUUUUGUAAUUAAGUAACGCUGUUGCAGUAGUAAGAGAUGGGUAUAGCCAAAAAAUUUUUACCCAAGAGAUACGUUAUUUCAGAGUAACGUAACUACUGAAAAAACACAAAGUAGUAGUUUAAGAAAUGACUUAAGAGUUUAAAAAAAAAAAAAAAAAAGAUGGGAAGGAAUGCACUACUUACAACUGUCUGGAUGUAACAUGUAACAUCAGACUUAUAGUUUAAAGUUAAUGUAAUUUGAAGGACAAAACACUAAAUAAUGUACAAAAUCAGAAAUAUUCGAAGGAGCGGUACAAGAAACACAUGUUCAUUAAUUUUAUAUUGUCAACAUUAAACUUCAUGAGACAGUAACCCCAACCUUUACUGAAGCAAGAGUAGUGUACUAUUACUUGAAACUAAAUAUUACUCAAGUAGGACUAAACUGUGCAGUCUAAAAACUACAAUAAAUAAAUGUUCUUUUAAAAAUUACUAAAAUGCCACUAAGUACUAUGGUAAUACUCACCUUUCUACCUGUUCUCCGGUAGUGUUCAAAAAUGUAACAGCGCAAUGUCGCCACCUUGUGUCCAAAUCUGUCACCAACGUUUAAAUAUACAAAUUUUAGACAAGUCUUCCAUUGCUUUAUAUGUAAGUUAGCAUACUAGUGCUAGCACUAAUAUACUAUAUACUAGUAGUAUAUAAUAUAUAUACUAUAUACUAAUAUACUAUAUACUAGUAAGAAGUAGCAGGCCUACUACUGCUGAUGAUCAAACCAAAGACUAUAUUUUAG